AGAAAGGCCUAACUUUCCUAAAUUGAAUUUGAAUGUACUACUACUCUCCCUGUGUUGUUUACAAACAACGUUAAUCUUGUAGAACAAUGUCAAGUUCCACUGUACAAAUGUUAACAACAUCUUCAUUAUUCUCCACCCAAAAUUACCCAUAUUCUGAUAUUUUCAACCAGCCAAUAAAAAAGAUAAAAUGUGUAGCUAAAACAAGGAGAAGGAAAUCAAGAAUGGAGAUUUUGGCUAUGGCUAGUGAUAAUUCAGUUAAAAAUGAAAAAUCCACAAAGCUAAUUACCUUUUUGGGCAAAGGGGGUUCUGGGAAAACUACUUCUGCCAUCUUUGCUGCUCAGCAUUAUGCAAUGUCAGGGCUCAAAACAUGCUUGGUGAUACAUUCUCAAGAUCCGACAGCUGAAUAUCUUCUGAAUUGUAAGAUUGGGACAUCGCCAAUAACAUGCAACGACAACCUUUCAGCCGUUAGAUUGGAAACUACAAAAAUGCUCCUUGAACCUCUUAAUAAACUGAAGCAAGCAGAUGCUCGUCUUAAUAUGACUCAAGGAGUUCUUGAAGGGGUAGUUGGAGAAGAGCUUGGAGUACUUCCUGGUAUGGAUUCCAUAUUUUCAUCCCUAGCACUCGAGCAGCUUGUAGGAUUUUUUGAAAAUGUGGUUCGACAAAAUAGUAAAAAAGAGAAAUUUGAUAUUAUUAUUUAUGAUGGCAUGAGUACUGAAGAAACGAUUAGGAUGAUUGGUGCAACCAGCAAAGCAAGGUUAUACUUGAAAUAUCUCCGCAAUUUAGCUGAAAAAACUGAUUUAGGAAGGCUGGCAAGUCCCUCACUUUUGAGACUUGCGGAAGAAGCCUUGACUCUAAGCGGUAGCAAUCUUAAUCUGAAUGGGAAAAUGAGUUCAGAAAUUUGGGACCUUCUAGAACAAGUAUUGGGGAGAGGAUCUAAAAUAUUUGCAGAACCCAAAAGGUUUGGUUGCUAUAUUGUGGUGGAUAGAAACAGCCCUGUGUCUAUGGCUUCUGCUUUACGCUACUGGGGUUGCAUAAUCCAGGCCGGUGCACAGGUUUCUGGUGCAUUUGCUCUUGCAUCGCCAAAUUCAAGUGGAGAAUCAGGAGCAACGAUUGAGAUUUUUUCACCUUUGCCUUCUGCUUUUGUUCCACAUAUCUCAGUGGGAGCCCAUCUAGAUUGGAACAAGAUUAUGCAGGAUAGUCAUAGCGAGAGUGCACGGAAUCUUCUGACAGUAACAGCUCAUAAGGCCAGCAUUCCUCCAGUUACCUUUGAUCCAACCAACAAAAUUGUCACACUUCUCAUGCCCGGUUUUGACAAAUCGGAAAUCAAGCUAUAUCAAUUUAGAGGAGGAUCUGAAUUGUUGGUGGAGGCUGGUGAUCAAAGACGUGUCAUUCGUCUACCAUCUCAACUUCAAGGGAAGGUUGGAGGUGCCAAAUUUACAGAUAGAAGUCUUGUCAUCACAAUGAGAUAGCAGAUGAAAUCAAGAAACCUCAAUAACAUGUUUAGCUAUAAGCAUGCCUUUAGUCAGUUUGCAUCAGCUGUCGUAACAAUAUUCAUGGCCGCGCAGUCAAUAAACGUUUUCCCUAUCUAUGUACAAUGUGAAGGUUCACCAUGUUAAAUGGAGGAAACAGUACUGAUGAUUGAAUCACCAUAAACUACAUUCUCAAGUUUCUCAUCGUUGGGGGCGACAUACUUCAAGCUUGAAGUUAAUAUGACUGAUUACUCGAAUUUCUUAAUAUUCAACAGUUAUGCAAGUGUUUCAGUCAUUUUUUCCAGUGUAAUGUAUACUCAAAUUUUCAGAAUUGAUGAAUAUGGAGAUCCAAAAUUCACUUAUAGUGAAGUUGUCAAAA